AUGUAUCCGCAGGCUGUUUAUAUGAUCAUCCUCACCACCGUCAUCUUCUGCGCCGCCCACUUCAAGCCACUGGAAAAACACGUGGCGCUCUUCGUGUUUGUUGACUCAUUGUAUGAUCCGGUAAACAACAACUACAUUAACACCAUCACCGAGUACCAAAGAGACGUCUUAUGUUUGAUUCCACCGUAUUUAAAGCCCGGAGUUCACAACAAUGAAUGUGGGGUGAACUUUGCUUCUGCCGGUGCUCUUGUUCAAAGUCAUCAAGGUUUUGUGGUAGACCUUGACACUCAACUGAGUUAUUUCAAGAAAGUGGAAAAGCAGAUAAGGAGCAAACUUGGUGUCCGAGAAGCUAAGGAAUUGAUAUCUUCAGCUGUUUACUUAUUCAAUGUGGGAGGCAAUGAUUAUCUUUCCCCUUUCACGUUUAACUCCAGUUUAUAUGACAAAUGUUCUAAGAAAGAAUACGUCGGCAUGGUGCUUGGCAAAUUGACCCAGUUAUCUAAGUUGAUGGGUGAUCAGGAAAUAUACAAAAUUGGAGGAAGAAAAUUUGGGUUUGGGAGUUUGCUACCUUUGGGUUGUCUUCCAGGGACUAAAAUUCUUGAACAAGGAAAUAAAGGUUCCUGCUUUGAAGAAGUUACUUCGCUGAUGAAACUGCACAACAGAGAACUUCCUAAAGCGCUUCAAGCAAUACAGAGUCAGCUCAAAGGUUUCAUAUAUUCAAAGCACGAUUUGUACGCUUCUUUUAGUAGAAGAUCGGAGAACCCCUCAAAAUACGGUUUUAAGGAAGCAGACCUAGGAUGUUGUGGGAGCGGUCUUUACAGAGGAGUUUAUAGCUGUGGAGGGAAAAGAGGAGUGAAAGAAUUUGAGUUGUGUGAUGAUGUGAAUGAUUACUUCUUCUUUGACUCUUAUCAUCCGACCGAGAAAGCCUACAAGCAAUUUGCGAAGCUAAUGUGGAGUGGUAAUUCUGAUAUCACAGAGCCAUUCAAUCUCAAAGCAUUGUUUGAACUUUAGAAAAGUCACGUAGAUUUGAUCUUGUCAGCAAUAGCCAAUAUGUAUGUUAUGAGUGAAAAGACCCAUCAUGCUGAUGCAUAAAAAGGAAAAAAUAAAU